GGCCCUGUCUGACUUUAUAUAAUGGGACAGUCUGACCUCUCAGGGUCCCCCUCCCCCCGCCGGGAAUGGGCUCGUCCGUUCUACUCCUUUUCUCCCUCUCCGCCCCCAUGGAGGGAGGGUGUGGUUACCAUGGAAACGGGAUUGUCCACACCCUCCACCUGCUCCCCGGUAUUCAGGCUGUUGGAAGAUGGAACGAGGGAGGGGGGGGGGUUGCCAUAGAGACUGAGUAUCGCCUUAGCCCUGCAGUCGGCUUGUUGCGGCCGCAUUCACCCCAACUCCCCUGCUCUCCACCCUUCCCCACCAAAAAUGCGUUCUCCCCCUCCCCGGGCUGGCCAAGUGUUGAGAGGAGGGUGGAGGAUGGGUCCGGGAUCUGGGUUGCCUCGGUUAUCGAAGUUUUCCCUGCCUGCUGACUGCACCUUGGACCCCGAUCCCGCAGGCCCCGCCCCAGACCUCCCCAUUUCCCCUUCCCAUGGCUUGGACACACGUGGAGACCGCUCGGGGAAGGAGGCAACGGCGGUGCUGAAAUUGGAGGCCAGAGGUCCUGAGCCCAGGCCAUGGCUGGCCAGUUCCGUAGCUAUGUGUGGGAUCCCAUCCUGAUCAUCUCCCAGAUCGUCCUCAUGCAGAAUAUCUACUAUGGCUCCCUUGGUCUGUGGUUGGCCUUGGUGGACAGCCUGGUGCAGAGCAGCCCCUCUCUGGACCAGAUAUUCAGCCCGGAGAUCCUGGGCUUCUCUACUCCUCCUGGCCGUCUUUCCAUGAUGGCCUUCAUUCUCAAUGCUCUUACCUGUGCCCUUGGUUUGUUAUACUUCAUCCGUCGAGGGAAACAGUGUUUGGACUUCACCGUCACAGUCCAUUUCUUCCACCUCCUGGGAUGCUGGAUCUACAGUUCUCAUUUCCCCUCAUCAAUGACCUGGUGGCUGGUGCAUGCUGUGUGUAUUGCCUUGAUGGCUGUGAUUGGGGAAUACCUCUGUAUGAGGACGGAGCUUAAGGAGAUACCCCUGAACUCUACACCCAAAUCUAAUGUCUAGGAGAUUGGCUUCUGGGGCCAUACAUACCCCCCAGGUCUUUUUGCUGGAACUGAGGAGCUUGGCCAAUGUGAAUUUUUGACAUUUGUGUGAAAGAAGCAGGCUCCACCAGUCAGCUGGGAGCAGAUGACUAGCAUAAGCUGAGGCAGGGAAGAAAUGCAUCAGGAAGAGAAUCUUUCCCAUGGCCAAGGGCAGAAUGAAAGGAGGAAGCAAAAAUUGGAGACAUCUCACUUUUUCCACUUUUUUUUAAAGAAAAAAAAAUCAAGAAACUCUGA